GCGCCCCGAGAAGGCGGAGCGGAGCGCCCUUCCGCCAGGCCCUGCCCUCUUAAAGGGGAAUUGCGGCUGGGGGCGCGGUGGGCCCCGUCGCGGCGGGAUGAGCGGGGCGGUGGGCGCCGGCACCCCGGUGCGCCGCCUGCCCUACGGGCUGCUGCAGCGCCUGGCCGCGUACAUCGACCCGCAGGACGGCUGGAGGAGGCUGGCCGCCGACAUCGUCGGCCCCUCGGGGGAGAGCAGAUACACCCAGCUGCACAUAAGGAGGUUCGAGGCGUUCGUGCAAAUGGGGAAGAGCCCCACGUGUGAGUUGCUCUAUGACUGGGGGACGACAAACUGCACGGUCGGUGAUCUCGUGGAGCUACUGGUCAGGAAUCAGUUCCUGGCACCGGCAAGCCUUCUGCUUCCAGAAGCUGUAAAGGAGGCACAAGAAGUUACGUUACCUCUUUCUUCGCAGGAAACUUUGCCUAUACAUGAGAAACAUCUGCCUAUACAGGAAAAAGAAGUGGCAUCUGUAAAGCCUAGUCUAUCUGAGAAUACAGAGGAGCAACCUUCAACUGCUUCCUACUUAAGUCAAGAAAACAACAGCUCACAGUCUAGUAACACGGAUUUCCACAAUUUUUGGUUUCAUGACUUGGAAAGUAUUACAAAUAAUUUCGAUGCACGACCAGAAUCAGCUGGAGGUAAUAAGCUGGGGGAAGGUGGCUUUGGUGUGGUGUUCAAAGGCUACAUCAAUGGCAGAAACGUGGCUGUCAAGAAACUUGCUGCUAUGGUUGAUAUUAGUGCUCAGGAUUUGAAACAGCAAUUUGAUCAAGAAAUAGAAAUGAUGGCAAAGUGUCAGCAUGAGAAUCUAGUGGAAUUGCUUGGUUUCUCGAGUGAUGGUGCUCAGCCCUGUCUGGUGUAUGAGUACAUGCCCAAUGGUUCAUUGCUUGACAGACUUGCUUGUCUGGAUGACACUCCACCAAUUUCUUGGGAUACGAGAUGUAAAAUUGCUCAAGGUACAGCAAAUGGCAUCAACUUUUUGCAUGACAAUAAUCAUAUUCACAGAGACAUUAAAAGUGCAAAUAUCUUAUUAACUGAUACAUAUGUGCCCAAAAUCUCUGACUUCGGACUUGCAAGAGCAUCUGUAACAUUUACACAAACCAUCAUGACUGAUAGAGUUGUUGGAACAGCAGCCUAUAUGGCACCUGAAGCUUUGCGAGGAGAAAUAACGCCUAAGUCCGAUAUCUUCAGUUUUGGAGUAGUCUUAUUAGAAAUAAUAACGGGUCUUCCACCAGUAGAUGAAAACCGGGAGCCACAGUUACUGUUAAGUAUCAAAGAUGAAAUUGAGGAUGAGGAGGCAACUAUUGAGGAUUAUGUUGAUGUAAAGAUGCAUGACUGGGAUGCAACUUCAGUUCAUAAAAUGUAUUCCAUCGCUGAUCAGUGUCUGAAUGAGAAGAAAAACAGGAGGCCAAACAGUAAGAUGGUCCAGCAGCAUCUACAAGAGAUAAAAGCUUGACAUAUGUUUCUUCUGAUACAUGUUUUCUAAAUGGAGCAGAGACCAGUAACAAACGCAGACCUUUAUCAGCAUUUACUGCGACAUUAUCAGCUUUUCUGCUUUCCAGAACUUUCUGGCCUGCGUAUAAGGUGUGCUGUUGGCUUGUCACCAUUGUGCUAUUUUUUAACUGAGCAGCAUUUCCACAUAUCCGUAGCCACUGGACCUUCAACAGAUUUUUAUUUUUUUAUUUUUGUUUUUGUAUUAACAAGUUUUAGUGCUGGUAUAUCUUCUACACAGCUUUUUAAACAAAUAGAUUGUAAAACGGAAAUGUCUUUUGAUUUUUCAAGUAUGCCUUCAGCAAACACACGUGACAGUAGCAGGGUAGGAUGUCUUUCUGCCAAUCGCUUUCUUGAGUGAUCUACUAGACCUUUUUCUACUGAAGAGAAAAACAUUUAAUAGAUGUAAUUGGCACUUACACUGUCUUCUUGGGAAGACAAUAGUAGUACCCAUUUAAAACCAACUUCUUGUUUUGCAUUUUAGCUUGAGAGUUCAUAUUAGUGUGAAUACACUAGUAAUGUUUGUGAAUGUGACUUUUUGAAAAAGUCUUCUCAGGAUUUGUUUUAUUCAAAUAAGUGUUGCUAUCUUCUAGGUUUCAAGGUUUUAUAAGUAAAACAAUUACAUUGCAAUGCAAACACAAAAAUAUGUAUAGCUUUCUUCUGGUGAACUCGGUGUGAGGACAAAUGGUUUAAUCUUUGUUCAUAGGAAGAAUCACAAUUGCUUUUAGUAUUUUAUGUUUUAGAAUAAGAUUCUAUAUGAGAUAUUGCAAAUACAAAUGGUUUAUUUUGUUAAAAGAGACCAAUAUAAUGUUGUUAGGACCAAUUCUGCCCUCUCCUUAGCUAAAUAAUUAAGCUCUUACUUAUAUGUAUGGAUAUUAAUAAAUAUUAAAAUAUACAUUUAAAGGCAUGGAAAGCUUUCUGAAGUAGAAAGAUCGACAGAUCAAAGAAGACGAUUAACUUCAUUCCAUUUUUAAUGAGAUUCUAGAUACUCUGGACUACCUUUGUAAAUGUAAAAGGUUAGUUUCAUAUAAACCUUUUCUUGUACUUCAAACUUUUUCUUGACAGCCUAGGGAUAAGAAAAUAGUUUGGUGUACAGCUAAACUAAGAUCUAUGAUUAUGGAAAAAAAAAUUAACAGAAAAGGAUCUGACUGCAUUUAGGGGCACGUAUCGUUGUAGAAGGCAUAUGAUUUCUAUCUAGCACUUGUAUUUAUAACAUUAGAACUCUGGCUAUUAAGUUAUUCUGUAUUUCCCUUUCAAAAUGAUAGAUUAACCUAGAAAACAGUAUCCACUUAAAUCAUUUCUAGUUUUAUUGAGUAUAAACAUUAAAAGCUGUUUAACAUAAAUAAAAACUCUGCAUUAUAACCGUAGAUGCUUAUUCCAGCUCUUAAAACCUUUAGUCUUGGAAACAACUGGCAUUUUAUGUUGCUUGUGUCUGAUAAUAGCAUUAUGUUAACCUUACUGCAGGGAAUAAAGCUGUACUGCUUUGGACCAGGGAUAGUGGAGGGAGAAAAAACCCACCCUGCUAUAAACUGAAAUGAGAAUAAAAUGCAUUUAAGUCAUUCUCUAAACAACUCUUCCAGCUGUUACUUGAAGGCUUCCUUUUAGAUCAUUUCUGCGUUUUACCGUUCCCUGGAGCUCACACAUCUAUAUUGUUGCCCUGAAGCAGGUUCCUUGUCUCCCUGAUGAGUGCUAUUCACAGCUAGUAAUGUAGAACAAUUUUGUUCAUGUACCAGAUCUGAUGUUCCAGGUACAAGGAACAUUGUUAUCGCAGGUUCUUCCAUCAUAGUGGACCUGUGAGCUGCCUCUUUGGGCUGCCUGUUAGCACCUACGUUUUGCUGGUAGUUCUCCUCACUCACUGAAAAUGAAGCACAUUUGCUACACCUUCAGUUAAAAAAUAAAUUAUAAAAAUUGAGCUCUUUUCGUAGAAUCCUAGUGAGGAAUGAAGAUAUGUGUUAAAUAAAGGUAGCUAGCUUAUGUGUUUUUUGUGUUUCUAAUAUACACAAGUUGCAAGGAGGGGACCUUCCCUACCCCACCUAAGCUUUUUUUUUUUUUUAAGAUCUGCAGAUACUAAAAGCAGCACCUAUAGCCACUGACAGAGGCCAAUAGUAGCUGACUUCUGCUUCAUUUAUUCCCUGCAAAAAGCAUUAAACUAUCCUAGGGUGCAUCCUUUACAUUAAUUACUAUAGUAAAGCUUUCUGUGACAGAAGUCGGUAACUUGGUCAUUCAUGUUCUUGGUGAAUAAAGGAAGGAUGGAGCUGGAGGUGAGAGAAAACUUGGUACAGCUGCUAGUAGCUGGAGAGCACUUUUUUUUUUGACCCUUCACACCUUCUGUCAGCAAUAGUAUUUCAUAUUCUUGCUGAAAUGUGAAGAAUUGCUGCACCUUUGUAUUUAAGAUGGCCAGCAAAGAGUUGUGUUAAACACCCCCCUCAACAUAAGGCAAAUAAAGAGGCUUCUGUUCAA